AAAUAUUUCAGUCAUAUUAGGAGUUAUAGAGGAGACAGAAAUCAUUACAGAAAACUUAAACGUAGUCUAAAGGAUGAGUUCCUGCAGAUAGGGUUGACUACAGCCACACAAUCCUUUUGGCCCAAAGAGUUGCGUAAAUACAACCCUCGAGACAAAGCCCACAACAUAAUCGGCAUAUGGCCGGGCACUCGCCGGGGAACUCCGUCCGAUCAGAUCAUUAUCAUAGGCGCUCAUUACGAUACGGUUCGCUCGUCACCGGGAGUCGACGAUAACGGUUCCGGUUCAGCGGCGGUGCUCGAGAUGGCCAAACUCAUCGCCCAAAACAAUUGCAAAUUAGAUAAGACUAUUAUAUUUGUUCUCUUCGAUAUGGAGGAA